UGUUUAUCUUUGCAUGAACCCUGUCUAGUGUUUGCUUGUUGGAGCAGUUAUUUCAACACUUUUGCUGACACAUAGGUGUUAUUUUCUGAUAUAAAGUGGAGAGAGCUCGUAGAGAUCCUGUCAGGAGAAGACAUGGCCCCAACUCUGUUUGACAACCCUCCAAAGCCUGGGGACCUGAUUGAGAUUCACAGAGGGGUUUAUGAACACUGGGCAAUCUACGUUGGACAAAAUGAAGUGGUCCAUUUGAUCCCACCAACCCAUACGGAGGAUGACGUGUUGGGGCUUGGUAGUCUUGUGCAGUACUUUGACAGCAGCAGUGCGGAGGUGAAGUGUGAGAAGAUCUGGGAUGUAGUGGGUCAGGACCAAUAUCAUGUCAACAACCUGCUGGACCACAAAUACCAACCCCAGCACCGGAACAAAAUCGUGAGGGAUGCCCUGAAGCUGGUGGGACGGGUGCUGCCCUAUAAUGUGGCUAGAUACAACUGUGAACACUUUGUCACAGACCUGCGCUAUGGAAAAGCAGAGUCCAGACAGGUGAACAAUGCCAUUGCGGUCGGAGGGGCAGCAGUAGCAGGAGUAGCAGCGGUCGCACUGGGAGCAGCUCUGUUUGCUUCUGUUCUCAAAUACAGCAACAAAGACGACAAUGAUGAUUAAAGUGUUUCUCUGGACUGUUUUGAUAAAAGUUUAAAUGCAUUACGAUGUCAAGAUUAUCUGGUUCAUCAUGAAUAGCAGUGAUUAUUCAGAUUAUAGUCAAAAUAAUUUGAGAACUUGAUUGAAGUUUGUCUGAUAAUGUAGAAAUGGUCAUGUAUUUUACAGUGUGAAUGAAUAUGAAUAUAGGAUUUAUCUAUUGUUUGGUAAAUAUGUGUAAGUCAUUAUAAAGUUGUGAUGUUUCUUCUAAAAACUUGGUACAUUGUUUUUUACAGUUGUAACAUAACAAUGGCUUGGAAAUAUUGUGAUUUUGUUUUGUCCCUGGUUUACUAAUGUGGUAUUCCCACCAGUUUCAGGUCAAUAAGUUGAACAAGGUUGUGUAUGUAUUCAGGUUGUGUGGGUUGUGAGCAUUUCCUUUCUAUUAGCUACUCGUCUUAUGAUGUCAGUCCUUUAAUGUAGUUGGAAAAUACUUGCACAGUAGGCUAAUUAAAGGCUUGUCACGCACUCUUUAUGAUUGGUUGCCCCAGUGGCAUUGAAGAUAGAAGCAGGUUGGUAGAUCAAGUCCUCAAGCUCUCCACACCAAACAUACAAAAAGCCUGACAGAUGCACUGAGAAUGGCACAUGUAUAGAAGUACAUGUAUGCUGAGUGAUCACUGUAUGUGAACAUUUAUUACAUUAGUUCAGUGUUGGCACAUGACAGUGGAACAGGUGGAUGCAGCUGGGACCAUCCCAGAGGCUAACACAGCGCCCCCCAUUGUUCCAGAGGUCACCUCCAGAGCCCCAUGAAAUCAAUGGGUCCCCAAGGGAGACCUAUAGGCGUAUAUCACACAUAUCACACAUGAUAAAAUAUGGACUCAUUCCAGUUACAGCCAUAAAAACAUGAUGAUACAUACAGAACAUUCCAUUAGAGGAGACUUGCAAAGAGACUUGUAAAUUGACAUGCAAAGUGCAAUGAAACAAAGUUCGAUUACAAAAUGAUUGCUGAUUCGCUGAUUAGAAAGACACAUAUUUUCUAAUUAAAUUGUCCUUGUUUUAGACAAAAUGGGAAACUAUAAUUUUUUUUGUUUAGUUUUUGGUAAGAUAUACAAAGAAUAUAUUUGCUCACGCAUAAAGUUCCUGACUUGUCACUUGACUUGUGGCCCAUAUUCCCAAACAGAAAGAGGGCCACACGUUGGGCCCUCUACAAUACAUCUUCAAUCUGGACAAAGCUGUCAUUGACUCUUGUCUUUGCACCUGCUACAGUCGCACAGAGCCUCUUCCUGUGCGUCCCAAAAAGGGAACAACCUCUUACAAGCUCCUUGGAUGCCAGAAAAGUCAACAAAAAGCAGCGAGUUUAACUUAGGAGGGUUUUGUGCGAGGAGAGAAGGGAACAGAGCUGGCAUCAGGACUGUAGCUGGACCACAUAAAGAGCAGAGACGUGGUUUUGGAGAUGUUGUGCUUCGGGACCACCCCAAACGAGAGGUUUUGGACGGGGCCCGGCGGUCAGGUGGCUCCCCCUCCUCUGAGCAUACAAAGAGGAAAGUGUUUCGGAAAGCUUAGGAGGAGAUUAGAAUAAGAAUGCCCCAGUUAAUGAUGU